AUGAACCAAGAAUUCGAUCAGAACCUGCCUUACAUUUAUUGCGGUAUAUGCUUCAAAGACAACCAUGAUGUUGAAGGGCUAGAAAAUAAGCUACUAUUGACAUCCUGUGCCCAUAUAACCUGUGACAUUCAUGUUCAAUCAAAGACCGUUGAGCUGUACUUGGCCCAGAACGAUACCAACUCAUCCUGUCCAGUUUGUGGAUCUAAUCCAAUAUCAACUGUUCCCAUCAACAGAAUGUUGCCUGUUGAAUUGAAAAACUUUUUCAUCCCGACACCACAGCAAAUUGAUUUGUUAACCAGUUCUGGGAAGUUCCAAUAUUGCUCACUAGUUGAAAGAAUUAACCAUUACAGAUCCACCAUAUCCAAAAUGGAUGAAAAAUUGAAAAAACAAAAGGAGUUUCUAUAUGCGGCAAAAGAAGAAAUAACCCAACUAAGUAAAUAUAAACAUCAAGUUCAUGAUUUAAAUGACGAAAUAGACUUACUUAGAAAACAGCUACAAAAUAGAACACGGCCAGACACUUUCGAUCUAUCGAAUGAAAAUGGAAAUGAAGAUGAAAAUGAAAAUAGUGGAGACUUUGAAAACAAUAUUUUUACACGCGAACCAAGUCCAGUCCAAACAGCUCUGCACACAUUUAUCAACAAAGUGCAUAGAGAAUCUUCGCAGAAAGUAAUACCAAUCUCAAAACCAGAUGCUGGUGAAAGAAAUGGUUCAACAAGAAGGAGGUCUUUUUUCGCUGAGUCAACAAAACUAGGAGAAAUCAAUUCAAGGUCAAUUUCAUCCAGCAACGAAUCUAAUAAUUCGCUCAAUAGUUUAAAACGAUUUAGCUUUGAAAGUCCCAAAAAGAAGUACUUACAAAAUCCAAUAGGCAAACGAUCUGCUACCAGUCAGCUUGCAACCCGAAUAACAGCCAACAUGAAACUAGGAGUCCCUGUGAGUGCAUCCAAUGCACUGUCCAGGAGCUAUCAAAAUGGCUAUGUGCACAAAGCUUCCAAAGAGCCUAUAUUGAUGAGAACUAUGAGACGAGCCAGCGAAUCAUCGCCAUACUUUAAAGGGUUUAAAAAUAACAACCAUGACCAUCAUCACCAGUAUAAACGUUAA